AUGUCAGAUGUCACGAAGAAAGCUAAGAAGCUCCGGGCCAGCGCUCCCAAAAACCGGACCGGAUGUGGUACUUGCAAGAUUCGUCAUAAGCGCUGUGAUGAAGCAAAGCCCACUUGCAACACCUGCCGUAAGACGGGACGCAUCUGUGACGGAUACAUCGACCCAUCGACUGGCCAGCACUUCGGUGGCCAUGCUGGCCGUAUCUCCCUCUUCCUCGAUCUUGCCCCUCGUGCACUAUUCGUCAAUGAAGAGGAAGCUCAAGGCUUCCGGUUCUUCGAAACCGCAACGGAGAUCCAGCUCGCGGCCGCCCUUCAAAACCACGGCUAG